UUCAAUGUGUAGUAAAUGAUCUGAUUAUUCGACUGCAUGUCUAUAGGUAUGUUAGGAGGUAUUGCACAUUUGACAUCUUCUUCAUAAUAUCCAGAGGUCAGCUGAUUUUGAUUCUUUUGUUCAACGGAAGAAUUCAGGCAGCAUCAGUAUGAGUUCAGGAUUCUCAUCUAAAGUUCCCGAUUGCGUGGUCCAGACAUGCUACGAGUAUGAAGGCGUGAUCAUGCCCAACGCCAUGCGCAAGGAUGUGAUAGAACGCAUCAGGAAGUUUGAGUGUCGACCUGAUGAUCUCUUCAUAGUAACCUAUCCAAAGUCAGGGACAACCUGGACGGAGCAACUGUGUAUGCUAAUUAGACAUGACGGUGAUGCCAGCCAGUUAGGGGGUGUCCAUCUCGUGUUGAAGGUUCCAUUCCUUGAGAUGUUACAGGACCGUGAUAACAUUUCCACGUCACCAGCAUUUGUUGAUUUAGCCGAGAAGAUGCCGUCUCCAAGGAUGCUCAAAUCUCACUGUCAUCCACCUUUCUUACCCCUGGAUAUCCGAACCGAUGAUCCGAAAGCAAAGGUUAUUUACGUGGCCAGAAACCCGAUGGAUACGGCUGUCUCCUACUACCAUUUCUGCCAUUAUACGCCGGUUCUUCCAAAAUAUGAAUCUUGGGAUGUUUUCUUUGAGGAGUUCUUAGCUAAUAGGGCUCCUCAGGGAUCUUGGUUUGAAAACGUGUUACCAUGGUGGAAGAAAAGAAAUCAUCCUAAUGUUCUCUUUCUCAAGUACGAAGAUAUGAAGAAGGAUCUUACAGGAGCCGUACGACAGAUAGCCGAAUUCAUGGGGAAGACCCUCUCUGACGACGUCAUAGAUAAAAUCGCAGAAGCUUCGACAUUUAAAGCAAUGAAGAACAACCCUUCAUCAAACCCAGAUACGCUGCUAAUGGCGUUUUUAGAGAAGGCUGGUAUCGAGAAACCAAAAGACAAAUCAUUUAUGAGGAAAGGUGUUGUAGGUGACUGGAAAAAUCAUUUUACUGAUGACCAAAAUAAACGAUUUGACGAGCUAUAUGAGAAGGAAAUGGCGGGAUCUGGACUUGAAUUCGAAUUUUAGGAUUGCUUUUAAGAAAAAAAAUUCAGUUCCAUGUUCAACUUGAAUGAUAGAGCAUAUUGAAUAUGCAUUACGUAUUUUCCAUAACAGUACUUAAUAUGUUUUUCCCUUCGAAUUCCACACAUUAAGUAAAUAUACAUGUAU